AUGACUUGUGCCAAGAAACUGCCAUCAAGUCUGAGCACUGAGUAAAACCAAUCUCCUCAGGUGUUUUGAUGUGUGCUGGAGCCUGAAACACUCAUGAUCAAUGGUUCUCUUACAACACCUCAGGUUUUACUGUUUAAAACAACUGCAAGUGAAUGUGGUGCUGUACCACCUAUAGUGGUACCCUGCAGUGGACCCGGUGGACAAUUUAACAGGUAA